AUGUUUCCUCAAGUCACAGUUGAAAAAUGUCCCAUUUGCAAUAGUUACGUUAUAUUAACAAAAAUGUCUGAACAUCUCAAAAAUCAUAGUCAAGACCAUGAACUAGCAGUGCCUCAAAAGUUAAAAAAGUAUAAACCAUCAACAUCAUUUGGUAAUUUAUCUACUGAAACAAGUCAAGACCAGGAACUAGUGCCUCAACAGUUAAAGCAUUCUAAAGCUAAACGAACAACAUUGUUUAGUAAUUUAUCUGCUGAAACAAGUCAAGAUUAUGAACUUGUGCCUCGGCCACAACAGUUAAAAAAGUAUAAGCCAAACCCAUUGUUUGAUAGUUUGUCUGAUGAAACAAGUCAAGAUUAUGAACUUGUGCCUCGGCCACAACAGUUAAAAAAGUAUAAGCCAAACCCAUUGUUUGAUAGUUUGUCUGAUGAAACAAGUCAAGACCAUGAACUAGCAGUGCCUCAAAAGUUAAAAAAGUAUAAACCAACAACGUCAUUUGGUAAUUUAUCUACUGAAACAAGUCAAGACCAAGAACUAUUGCCUCAACAGUUGGAACAUUCUAAAGCUAAACCAACAACAUUGUUUAAUAACUUAUCAGAUGAAACAAGUACAAAUGAAAAAAGAGUCAAAAAUUGGACCAAGUCUGAAACACUUUUCCUUAUUGAGGCGUAUGAGAAUAAUAUUUUGAUAUUCGAAUCAAACUCAAAAAAAAAUCGUUUAGGUUGGAUUCAAGUUUCAAAAGAUCUAAAGAAAAAGCAGAUUGAAUAUACUGAAGAUCAAUGCCAAGGAAAAUUCAAGUAUUUACUAUUGUGCUACAAAAAAAAAUUAGACAAUAGACAUGAGACAGGAAGUGCUGUAUAUGAGUUUGAAUUUUUUAAUGAACUUGAUGAGUUAUUUGGUAGAAAACCCAACAUAAGACCAAAGCAUUUGGCAUCAUCUAGUCGCAUUUAUAAUGGCAUCAAAGAAAACUGUGGUAUCUUUGACGAAGAUAAUGUGUCUUCACCCAAACAUGUUUCAAAUAUCACUCCUCCAGAACUAAAAAAACAAAAAAAAAAUACAAGUGUCCACGAAGCAUCAAUACAAAAAAGACAUGAUGAAAAGAUGGCCAUGUCUCAACUUGCACUUGAUACGUAUAAAACAUAUAUGGAUAAACUAUUGGAAAAAUUGUGA